GAGGUCUAUAUAAACGAGAAAGCGGAGGUCUCAGAGGCUGUUGAAAGUUGACUCACAACGACUCGGGAUCAUGGCGUGGUUCUCUCUCCUCUGUUUCAUGCUGGCCUUUGCAGGCGCUGAGGCAAGCCGCUACAAGAAGUUCUACACCAACUUCAACAAAGAAAAGAUCACCGAUGCCUUCCCUCAGCCCCGGAAGUCCGCCCCACUCGACCUGGACGUGCGUGUGACUCACAUCAACGUGGUGGACAUGGACACAGCCAACAACCGCGUGAGCGUGAUCCUGUGGAAGAGAGAGACCUGGCAUGACGCCGACCUGACCUUCAACGAGGCCCGCCUCAACAUCUCAGGCGCCUACGUGGGCGGGACCGACAUCUGGUCUCCGGACACCGCAUUCUUCAACGUCGCCGGACCCGAGCAGGUGCUCAACCGUGAGGUCAUCGCUUUCUCCCAGGGUGACCUGAUGUCCGUGUCCAGAGUCCACCUGAGCGUCAACUGUGACCUGAAGCGCGUCAAAUCCUACUCCGGCGCCACCUGUGAGCUGCACCUGGGGUCUUUCGCCUUCGGAAACGAGCUGAUCCGCCUGAGGGAGCCCAGAGAGGGGUGGUCUUUCCUCGUGGACCCAGCUCUGAACGAGGGCUCCCACUACGAGGUGCUGUCCCAGGGGGUCAAGAAAUCCGUGAAGAAAUACCCGGCCGGAGACCCCAAGCAGUUUUAUUACGACAUGCUCACUUUCUCCUUCAGCUUCCGGGAAAAGUUCGGCGGACGCGCCCAAUAAGUCUGCUCUGCUGUAGUUUUGCUCAACUCUUUGUCUGACUGCUGGUGUGUGAAGGGACAAUCCAACUACUCACUUUUCUCGUUCUGUUUGGUUUGAUUUUGGCAAUCUUUUGUAGUACACGCCCCCCCACCCAACCCCUGAUGCAGAAAGUACCUACCGAAAUACCACCAAAAAGUUUCUUCCUUGCCAGCUUUAAUAUGGCUCGUUAUUAUUAUAUCACUGCACUAUUUGCCAAUUUUAGUGCUGCUUCUUUCUGACAAGUAUUUAAUUUAACAAAAUUUGAAUGGAGUGAAAUAAAAGGAUGUGACUGAGAUGUUUUUCUUUA